ACACUCGCUGGCGCGACGUUAGUAGCCGUUCGGUCGUUGCCAACGGUGUCGCUCCAUCGCCUUCAACUCCCGCCCGCGAACUAACGCCGCGACCGACCGCAAGACGCAACGCACUGCGACAUCGUCGCUGCCCACCACAUAAUGGACCUACGAGUAUCAAUAUGUUUCAUGCUGUGUGCCACAUACGCGGUACUGGGGGAGGUAGAUAUUAUAACUGAACCAAGGCCCGGCGAAGAGUAUGUUAUAGUAAGUUCCGGACAGCAAACACCCUUAAGAAACUUUGAAACAUCCCAUAAAAUACCUGAAAAACAUCCAAACCACAGACAUACAAAACCAGAAGAAUCAAGUGAAAAAAUAUUGAAAAAAAUACACACUGGGAAGCUAAAGCACCCAUUGGAAGGUAUAGUAUCAAUAGAAGAAGAUAAAAAAGCCCAGUACAAAAAAGGCCAGAAAUUAAAGGCAUCAGAAUCGAUUGAAGUCGAUGUUCCUGUAUCAAAGCUAGAAGAUAUCAAAAUCAAAGAAAAUAUUAAAGAUGUAGAUACAAACCCUAAAAUGGCCGUUGCAUUAGAAACUAUGUCAGAGUCAGGAAAACUUACUAAUGAUGCUGGAACAACUACUCAAAAACCAGUUCUAACUACUGGUGCGUCAGCAACAACCCAAGCAUACGAUUAUAUUCCUAUUAAUUUCGAUACUAUUGAGGACAUUAAUAGUGGGUUACUAUCUUCGAAUGUAAAACUUGAAACAGCUGGCACAGAACAAAAGCAGCACUCAAGAAUCCAGAUAAAAAAAGGUCCUAACGGUCAAGACUAUGAAUAUGAAUACAUUUAUUAUUACUACGAUGAAGAUGAAGAAGGCAAAAAAGAUUCCAAAGAAAAGGUAUCCAGCCCCGCACCAGUUCUAAACUCACACGAUGGGCCAGCUAAGGAAACAGAAAAUCAAAUUACAAAAGAUACUAGAAGUAAAAGUAAAUAUAGUUCGAUCGAUAGAUCUACUACAACAACCACUCACGCAACACCAGAGGCUCACAACGAAGUGUACUCUCCUCCUGCAAGAGGUCGUUCAAGGGGAAGAAAUAUUGCUCCCGCCCCCGUUGAAGAGGAGGUCGAAGAAAGAUUGCCAUCAAGUACGCGAUUCCCGCCACGGGGACGUAGUUUUGGUGCAUCAAGUACAACUACGGUCGCUCCUGAAGUUUCUUCAGAGCGAAUAAAGCAACGCGGUCGACCACAGGUUGACAAUGUAGCUGAUGAAUCUAUUGGUCAAACCAGAAGUAGGACACGAGCACAUGUUAGACGCCCAAGUUCGGAGCUCGUCGACCUCGAUAGUUUUAAAACACAUUCCGGAGGCAUUCCUGCUCAAUAUAAAGAACCUCCUACGAGAUAUUCUUCAGAGAGUAAAACUACAACAGAUGUAUCUAAUAGUAUACCUCCUGUAAAAGAAGCAGCCCAUACUAAAGAAAGACAAGGGCAUAGCAUAUCAAGCGGCAUUAUAUUUCAAGAAGUAUUAGAUGAUUCGAAACUACCAUCGGACUAUAAACAUACAACAACACCUGAACAAGAAACGACAGAAUAUACUACGAUGACCGCCAUGGAAAAGGUAGCUCUUGAUCUGUAUGCUUACUUGGCUGGUGAAAAUUUGAAUAAUGAAAUCAAUCCAUCUAGUGAUCAAAUAAGUUUUGAUGGAACUACGACUGUAGUUGAUGAUGCAUGGACAACAGAAGCAGUAAGCACCACAGAAGUGGAGACUACUCCGACUACAACAACAACGACAACAACCACGACUACAACGACAACAACACCAGCACCAACAACAACUACUACAACAGUGGCACCGACUCGUCCAUCUCGGUUUAAAAUUAGACCUGGUGGCAGAUCUCGUACUCCAGUGUCAACCAGCGCAGCGACUGAGGCACCCCAAGAAACUUCAACAAAAUCCCGAGGUCGGUUCAGUAAGCCUAAUGGAAUCCGAAAGAGCUCAACAUCAGCUGCGGCAACUGAAGCCAGCACUGCUGCUCCAGUUGAGAAGUCAGCGUCACAACCUAAGGCGUUUGGUCGUCGAGGUGGCCUCUUCAGCGGCCGCUCUCGUCCAACUUCAACAACCUCUGCGCCGACACAAGAAGCGAGCAGCGUAGCGACUGAACCACCUGCUUCCAGGCAACGCCUACGUCCCGGACUUAGACGUUUGCCCUCAUCAACGACAGUGGCUUCUUCAGCUGAAGUCAGCGAAACCACAGCACCGUCAGCUACCUCCAACGCUGCCUCUGGCGAAGUCGUGGAGACCACACCAACUCCUAGCAGGACAAUUGGCCGCCGACCUGGAUUGAGGCCAGUAUCGCUGAGACCAGGACCAAGGUUGAACCUAAGGCCUAACCCCCGUGUCAGGCCUGGAGCUGUCACCCCGGCACCCACGGAUGCACCUGCGGAGUCAUCUGUAGACACAUCGGCAUCUGAGUCGGCGGCCACCGAAGCUGAUGCAGAGGGUCCUUCACCAACUCCGGCUCCGGAAGUAUCUCGAGGUAGCAUCAGGCUUCGGAACAGACUCCAGGUCUCUCCCUCGCCCAAGCCAAGAGUUGCCGUGACCGCCCCACCACGAAGACCGAAUCCGUUACUGAAGAGAAAACUUGCUUCAACUGAGGCUCCAACUGAAGCACCGAAGAAGGCAUCAACGGAAACAUCCGAAGAAAUAACCAGCGCGGAAAAUAGCGAGACAGAAACGGAAGCUGCAAUAGUGGAGACCACCCCAGCCCCUCAGCUGCGCGGUCUUGAUGCCCUCAUCGCGAGAAGACGCGCGGCUGGUGUCGGCAACCGACCCGCAAGGCCCGUGCGAGGGGCGAAGCUCCCGAAAUAAAUAUAGCAUUCAGAUCUCUUGACGUGACAUGACUGACCUAAAUCAGUAGGCCACACUGAAUAUUUAAUAAUAACACUACCGUUCUACUGUGUCGUAUGAUCAAUAAGUGAAUUGUGAAACUGAUUUUACUAUAAUACAAUUAGCCACAGGAUUCUUAUCAUAAGAUAGAUCUCUUUAUAUCAAAUUACAGAGAUUACUCAUUUGUUGCUAACUCAACAUUUAACAUAUUUCAAUGUUAAUUAAUAACAUAAUUUUCUUGACACGUAUUCAAGUUUGAACCAAGUAUUCAUAUUUUGCUAAACAAUUAAUAUGUAAUCAAUCUUACGUAAGCUUUCAAUUAAAUAUAUUAAGAUAUCAAUAAAAUUAUUAGAUAUCAAACAGCUAAAAAUUUUGAAAUACGGCACCGUUACUCACAGCUCUUUUAAAUGACUUGUAACAUUAUAUAUUACCAACAAAGUUAAUUUUAGAAAUACUUUUGUCGAGUCAUUACACAUUGCACAAUCAGAGAUAUGUUGCUAUCGCCAAUAUUUACCAGUCAUGUUACGACUUAGUCAAUUUUUCUCCUCACUUCUCGAACGUAAAACAUUUACUUAAUCCUAUAUAAUUUCAUUCAUAGUAAUAUUAUAACGUAUAUAUAUUUAGAAUUAUUUUUAUCUUUUAAUUUUAGUUCUUACAUCCUUGAGGUGUACUGGAGACAAUCUUAUUCAGUAACUUAAUAUACGUUUUAUGUACAUAUUAGAAUUAAAUAAUAUUACAAGAUUGAACCGAGCGUCAACAAUAAACUAAGUUGUUGCUUAAAGCAAACCAAAUCUUAUAAAAUUCAACUUGAAACAAGUAAAGUCUAGUAAAUUGUAACCGUAAAUUCUACUGUGCGUUCAAAUAUUUUAUCGAUAACGGUAUUUAGUAUAGUAAGAUUUAUUAACAGAUAUAAGUUAUUACUUUGGUAUCGUCAAAAUUAAAGCUGACAACACAGCUACAUGUUAACCAUUCAUCAGAAAUGCAGCUUUUGAAGCACUAGUAGGAAGUGCCAUCGUGAUAUUGUGUGUAUCUUUUCAUAAGUGUGAUAAUAUACUUAAUAAUAAGAUAAUGUUUAUAA